UACAGAAAGUACCUAAAAAUCAUUAUUACAGGUUUGUUUUUUUAAGCUGGCCAUGCAUACAAAGGUAUUUAUGGAACCUCAAAAAACUGCAUCGUUUAUGUCGGUUAUAAACUUGUUGCACCAUAUAAGCCUUGUGCAAGUCAAUUUUAUGCCAUAAGUAUAAUGAACAGAGUAAAGAAACUGUGAAUAUGAGGAACUUUUUUAAUUUGGCAUGGAUUGCCCAUAAUUAGCCCCGCGACAAUGUUUAACCGAUUGGCUUGAAUUGACUCGAUCACAACUGCACCUGUCCGUCUCUUGUUUCACAAAGUAAAAUCAACCGUUCUUACAGAUCAUGAAUGGCCUUCGGAUCCCACCUGGCAUUCAAGUGUUCAACUCGAUUAAAAACUUCCGUCAAUGGCGACGACAAAUCCUCCUUGAUCGCCAGACGCUAGGCUAUGUACCAACCAUGGGUGCACUUCAUCGUGGACAUUUGUCGCUGGUAUCUAAAGCCAAGGCUGCAUGUGAUCACGUGGCACUGACAAUUUUUGUCAAUCCAGCACAGUUCUCGCCAAACGAAGAUUUGGGUACAUAUCCACGCACUUUACAAGCAGACUUGGAUGCCCUGGCACAACAUUUGGACAAGGCUGCAGUUUUGGUACCACAGGUCGCGGAAAUGUAUCCGUCUGGCAUUGAACCCGAAGUAUCCAAGCAAGUCGGUGCGUUUGUUGAGGUCAAGGGCUUUUCUCAUCAGUUGGAGGGAACUACUCGGCCUCACUUUUUCCGUGGCGUGGCAACUGUCGUCAGCAAGUUUUUAAACAUCGUCGAACCUGAGCAAGUGUUCUUUGGUCAAAAGGAUGCUCAACAAUGCGUUGUGAUCCAGCGGAUGAUCCACGACUUGCACUUUAACGUCAAAAUGAACAUUUGUUCUACCGUCCGUGAGUCAGACGGCCUUGCCAUGUCCUCAAGAAACACUUAUUUGACACCUAUCCAACGCAAGUACGCGCUGGUGUUGUACAAUGCAUUAAAGCUAAUGGAGGAAAUGUACGAAAAAUCGACAAAGCACGCGCCUACUUUGAUAGCGGCUGCUACUGAAUUGGUGAACAGGACACAACAGGAAGCUCAGGCAGAAUGUGAAAUCAAACUGGAUUAUAUCAGCAUUGCGUCGCCAAAGGAUCUCAAUGAGGUGAAGGGCGAUAUCGCGGACGGAUGCAUCAUGAGUGGUGCCGUGUAUGUGGGCAAGACCAGACUUAUAGACAACUUGAUGGUUAAUGUAAACUUGUAGAUAGCAAAAAUGAAUACCAUGGGAUAAGCAAUAUAUACGUUUUGAUA